AUGCCUGAGAAGGAUGAUGCCUCCAUGGUGGAGAUGACCGAGGAAGCCAUGGAGCCCGCCGAGGUGGACAUCACGAGGCUGUGCCAAGACAUGUUCUCCAAAAUGGUCACAUGCCUGACAGGCAAGCUGACAGCCACCAGUGAAGACUGUAAACUUCUAGAAAAUAGGGACAAACUGACUAGCCUGAAGUAUCUAGAAAUGAAAGAUAGUGCAGUAAACAUAAGCAGAAACUUAAAGACCUUAAACCAGAAAUCUGCAGCACUUGGGCCUUAUCUGGAUCAGAUCACUUCAACUGAGAAGCAAGUAGCAGCUUUGGAGCAGGCAGCAUAUAAGUUGGAUGCAUAUUCAAAGAAACUAGAAGCAAAGUACAAGAAGUUAGAAGGGCAAUGA